AUGGAACAACGACUACAAAGAGAUUGGGCGAGAAAAAGUAAGAUUAAUGUAAUUGAUAUGGAUCGUGACUACUUUCUAGUCCAUUUUUCAGAUGAAGAAGAUUAUUCUCAUGCUUUGAUGGAGGGUCCUUGGAUGGUGGCGGGACACUAUCUCAUAGUUCAAAGGUGGAGGCUUUUCUUUCUCACGUCGGAGUAUCGAGUAAGAAAAAUAGCGGCCUGGGUCCGGAUUCCGAACCUCCCCAUCGAACUCUAUAAUCAAUGUUUCUUGUGGAGAGUUGGAUUGGCGAUAUAUCAGAUGAUCAAAAUUGAUCGGACAACGUCUAUACACUCGAGGGGCAAGUUUGCUAAAAUUUGUGUGGAGAUUGAUCUUGCCAAGAAACUGGUACCAAAGAUCUCGGUGAUGGGGAGUGAGCUCAAUAUUGAAUAUAAAGGUUUGCAUCAAAUUUGCUUUACGUGCGGCAAGUACGGCCAUCGAGCUGACAUGUGUACUAAAGCUCCGACCAAUGAAGUUCUGCAGCCAAAAAUCACCGGCGAAGUAAGCCAUGCCAGAGUUGAAUCCAACCAAAAAAGGAAUGAGGACCAACAUGAAAACAAUCCACAUUUAGUGUCUCAACGUGAUUCUGGCAACGGGUAA